CAAUUUAAAAAAAAAACUGAUAUCCUAUGUCAAGAUAAAACAAUACAAUGAUAUUUUGAAAAGCAUUGAUAUAGUACAUUGUCUUGAUGGAAAGAAUUGCCUUUUACAUUUUUUAUCAAAAUUUUCUUUUAAAACAGAUAGUCAUAUGUCAUUACAUGUUUUUGUAGAGUCUAUACUAAAAAGCAACCAAUAAAGAUAAAUCUCUGUCAAACUUGAAUAAAGCUGAUAUUCUAUGUCAAAAUAAAACAAUAGAUUUUCUUUCUAUGAUUAAGUUGAAUAGAACUUCUUUUGGAAAUUUUCUUUUCAAUAAGUAAUAUCUAUGAGAAAUUUCUAGGUUUGAACGAUAUCACUUUGAGAAUUUUCCAGAAUGUACAAUGUGAUAUUGCUAGCUCUAUAAAUUAGGAACACUGAAACUACAGUAGUUCUUAGACUCUCGUAAAGUCUGUAUUUUACAACAUUUUGUAAGCGUAUUGUGUAAUUACUAUCUGUAAUAGAAGAAUUUUGUUAUAAAAAAUUUUUGUUGGAUAUGUGGAGGGGAUUACAAAAUAGAGGAAAAGAUUACAUAAUAAAAAGGAAACCAGAAAACGCUACCGCAUCAGUCGAUCAGUAGACAGUCGAAAACUCUCAGAAAAAAAUAUAUACGAAGAAAAGAUAGAGUACUAUGUCCGCUUCAACAGGACAAAACGUGCAAAAAACUAAUAUUGCCACGGUAUACACCUCGUCCUUUCCCCAUUUUGGGGAAAAGAUUGGCAUUGACAUCCACUACAUAUAAAUAUCUCGACAUCGGAAUCAGCAUGGGAACUACAUCAUUUAUGGAGAUACUUAUUGGUGACAACCGAGGCAAUCAAAUAAUCCUAUCUCAUGCAACGUGGACAACACUGUUUCAGAAACGUAUGAACAUUGAGCGACUAGUGCAGUCGACUUCACCUUCCUCAGCAUUACCAAUUCAAGAUCUCAUUGUACAACUCAUGAAACUAUAUAAUAAAAUGGAUCUCGAAGAGGAUUCAUCCAGGGCGCUACAAGAGCGUCUACUGAAUGUUUAUAAGCCAACUCUAAAUAAUGCGCAAGUUAUUUACAAACUAUUGUUGGAUGCCUUACGGUCUAAGGAUUUCUAUUGUUUCAAAAACACCAUAGAACAUCAUUUAAAAAAACAGCCGCCAAUUCUGGAUAUCAAUUACGUAUAUCCGAACACGGAAGAAACAUGUCUUGAUACAGCUAGCAGAAAUGGCCUAAAACAAUUCGUAGAGUUUUUAUUACGUCAAGGUGCAAAUCCUAACAGAGUAAACGAGUUACAUAAUCGUGCUCCUAUCCAUUUUGCCACGGAGGGUGGACACGUGGACACCUUAGCAGCUUUACUGACAGAACCGACAAUAAAUCCAAAUCUCCAGGCAGGAGAGCAGACUGCCUUACAUAUUGCGGUGAGAAUGAACGAUCUAACGUGCACUGAUCUAUUACUAAAGAAUGGAGCCAGCGUUAAUAUUCCAAAUAGUAAGGGCUUAACGGCACUUCAUUUGGCGGCAAAAAAGGACCACCUGGACAUACUGAAAUUGAUAAUGGAAAAAAGCCGGCAGCGUCCAGACAUUGAUACUUAUAGAGAUUGUGAUAACUGGACGAUACGAGAAGUGAUUCAGCACAAAAUACCGAGUAUAGUGUUGCCGCCCAAAUAUGAAAAUCGCGAGGUAAAUGUGGAUGACCUCAAGUACUACCUGAUUGCCAAUGAUGAAAUAAACUUCCUGGAAAGUAUGAAGAAUGUCAAGAUAGAAGAUCUUCAUAGUAUAGCCGAAGAGCUGCUCGAGAUGACUGCACUACGAGGUUUUCACAAAGCCGCGAUUGGAAUUCUGGAAAAACUUAAAGGGAGGCAGUUCAGCGUAAAGAAAGCUAUGCAAGCAGCCGUUCAACAGAGUGAUCGUGUUAUUCUUCAGGAACUAUUGAAAAUAGAACCAAAUAUGGCCAAUGAUUUGAUUCUGAAUGCCUGUCAAAUGCUAGGAAUGCCAAAAAAACAAAGAGUUGAUAACACUCACGAUCAACUAGAGUGUCUCAAGUUGAUUCUGGAACAAGAAAAUGUGAACGUUCGUUGUAAUGAUAAUAAAGGCAAUACUCCGCUACAUUACGCGAUCAGUUCUGGCUGUCAAGAGGCGAUGAUAUUACUUCUCGAUCGAGGCAGCUACAUUGGUCAUAUGAAUAAAUUCAACAUACCGCCUAUUGCAGAUAUAUCGACACAUACGUUAUCGCGCUAUUUUGAUGAUUGUUUGCAAACGCGAAAAGAUCGAACAAACGAGUGUACGAUUGAAUUUAAUUAUCGCUGUUUAAUGCCACACAAUGUUGCCACGGAACAAGAUAAAACUAAUUGGACAACUCAUGAAAUGGAAGUAUUCAAGUACAUUGCCGGUAACAGCGGUCUCAAACCCUUGCUGAAACAUCCGCUGCUUUCUUCUUUUCUCUAUCUUAAAUGGUAUAGAAUACGGCAUAUUUUAUACGCAAAUUUCGUCUUUUACAUAAUUUUUUAUCUUUUGUUAAACGUUUACAUCUUCAACAUGACUUAUGAUAUUCGGAGAGAAAAUGAAACUCAAAUUGCCAACGAAUCUGUUAGAAUUUCGAAAAGUACUUUGGGAAGUGUCCUGAACAAUUUUCUAUGGGGCUUAAUACUUGGCUUAAUCACUAUAAUGUUGUUGCUUUUUAUCCUCCGAGAGAUUUUCCAACUUAUAUCCUGCGUUAGCAUUAAGCGUUAUCUAAUAAGAAACUGGUUAGAAAUUAUAUUAAUUAUAUUUACUGUUGCUGCACUGUGCGGCGCAGGACUUCAAAUCGAUGCUCUGGUAUUUCUGUUGUCGGCCUGCGAAUUAGUAAUUUUAAUCAACCAGCAUCCACGUUUGUCGACCGGCAUUGAAAUGUUCCGAAUGGUUUCUUUUAAUUUUAUACGCUUUUUGCUCCCUUACCUGUUUCUUAUCUUUGCAUUUGCUCUAGCUUUCUACACACUUUUCAAAGACGGUAACGACACAAACUUUCACAAUCUCUUUCUUUCAAUCUUUAAAACUGUUAUCAUGCUCACUGGCGAGUUUGACGCCAACGACAUUCCGUUCAUCUCGCAUCCAAUUUGGAGCCACAUUGUAUUUAUGUUGUUUGUCUUUUUUAUCGUUAUUGUACUGUUUAAUCUACUCAAUGGCUUGGCAGUCAGUGACAUCGCUGAGAUUUUGUCUAAAGCCGAAUUAGUUGGACUUGUUUCUCGAAUACGUUUGCUUGCCUACAUUGAAGAAAUAGUAGUUGGCAAAUCUUUCAGGCAUUGCUUUUGCAGUAAUUCGCGAUGGAAUCUUUAUAGAUACCUCGCUAAGAGAAUUCUUUUGUUUCCUCAUUUUCUAAAAGACGGCAAAAUCAUUAUUAAACCAUGCGAUAACUCGGAUGCUUAUGAUAACGAUCUAUAUUACGAAAAGGACAUUCACAGUGAAUCCAUAAAGUGUGACCAACAGUGGAAUACCUCGAUAAUGGAUCCAGACAUAAUUAAACAAGCUAAACGUAUUAUUAGGAACAAAAAUCAAACAGGUAAUGAGAAGAUUAUAGCUAUAUUGAACAAAUUACAAGACAAAGGGACAACAAUUGAAAUAAUUUUAAAAACUACAAAGUUUACAGAAGAAUAAUAUGGUAAAAUAUUACAGAAUAAUAAUAUACAGAAUAAUAAUAUGGUAAAAGUAAUAGAGAAUUAAUAAAACGUAUUAUAUUUUUUAAUAUUGUUUAGUAUUAAAAUCUUACUAGAACUUAUUCUUUAUAUGCCCCCCUAAAACCAUACAAUACAUAAAAAAAUUACUUUUCCUUAACAAGAAUAUUCUGAGAAUAUUUCAAAAUUAUCAUAAUAGUAGAUUACUGAUACUUUUAGAAUAUUUGAUGUACGUACAGUGAUAUACUUCGCAUAUACUAUGCAAGUUCUUAUCUACAUCCUACGGCACUCAAAAUAUAUAUCAGAUGUACAAGUACGAAAUGCAAAUUCAUUUUCCAAAAAAAGAAAAAAACA